GUGCAAACAGCAGCUGGUUAGAGGGCUCUGUUCACUAGAUGGUGCUGUGGUCUCCCAAUAACGGAGCCUCAAUCAACCAACAAUAUUAAGAACGUAAGAAAUAGUAGCUGGACUGGGCCAUUUGGCUCUUUGAGCCUGCCUUGCCUUUAAAUCAAAUGAUAGCUAAUCUUUUAUUUUAACUUCAACAUCCCAAACUACUUCAGAAUCCCUUAAUUCCCUUCUAAAUGGUUGACCCUUUAUUCUGAGACUGACUCCAUGUUCUAGAUUACCCAGCCUUGGGAAACAUUCUCAGCUUUAGUCUGACAAGCCACUUAAGAAUUGUAUGUUUUAAUGAGAUCACCUCACACUCUUGUAACCGCGAGGGAACACAGGCAUUAUCUGUCCCCAAUGGACAAUCCCUGUAUUGCAGGAACCAAUCUAGUGAACCUUUGCUGCUGCUCCUUUUAGUCAAGUGUGCCCUUCCUUGGAUAGAGAGACUAAAACUAUAUACAGCACUCCAAGUGUAGCCUCAUUAAAAAUUGGAGUCAAUGAGCAGAGGGAAAACUCCACCGGCUGGAGUUAUUGGAAUCCCAGGACAUCACUUCAGGAAUUCCUCAAGACAGUAACCUCGGCCAAACAAUCUUCAGCUGCUUUCAGUGACCUCCCUUUCAUCAUAAGUGAAUGGCCUGCAAGAUGAUGGAUGCUUUGUCUGUGGUUAGUCAGCUGGCUUCAGAACCUCAGAAUAGAGAAGCCAUUGUUAAAGACAAGGGUUGUCUUCCUGGCCUGGUUCUGUUCCUGGACCACUGCAAUCCACAAGUGUUGCAUUGUGCCCUUCAGGCACUGCGAUAUCUAGCAGAAUGUCCUUCUAACCGAGAGAUCAUGAAAAAUGAGUUGGGAAUGAUGAGUAAUCUUGAAAGGCUACAGGAAAGCAGGGAUCACACAUCAGAAGGCAUCAGGAUUUUAGCAACUGAAAUUUAUGAACUGUUGAAGAAGCCUAUGCAGACUGCCAAAGUGAGAAAUAAUAAUUUUCGCAGAACAAAAAAAAUGCCGCAGCAGUUUUUCAUUAACAGCACAAACAAGAGAGCAAAAACAAUCACACUACAAAUAGACGGACUGCAUAACAUGGACAACCGAAAUAUCUGUGAAGAAGCUUUAUUACAAGUUAAUGGUGUUAUUAGCUUUACAUUUCAAAUGGCUCUUCAGCGUUGUGUUAUCAGAAUCUAUUCUGAUCUUAAAAUUGAGUCCCUCGUUUCAGCUAUUGCCACUACAAAAAUACUACAAGCUCAUCAAGUUGUGAAAAAUGAGAGUGGAGAAGAGGUUGUGGUUCCUCUAAACACUGGUACUGCAAAAGUAGAACAAAAUUUGAAUUUGCCUGAUUAUCUCCCUGAAGAUGAAAGCCCAGAAAUAGAGCAUAAUAAAGCUAUUUCACAAACUGGUGCAAAGGGAAACACUAAUGGAACUUGGUUAAGUGCAGCUGCAAACUUUCUAACCAAAACUUUCUAUUGGUAAUGAGUGUCAUAAAAUAAGGCUUCUGAUUGGAAAGUGUUUUGUAUCAUUUGUCUGAUGUAGGCACUAUUGGUGGCACAUAGUCACAAAUUAAACAUAAAACCUAGCCAAAUGUUUAAGUUUACUGAAUUGUCACUUUAACUUUUUAUUUGAAUUCAGACACAUUUUGACAUAUCUACUGAAUUUAUUUCCUGUAUUCCUAUUGUAACCAAUUUUAUUUUAUUGGUUUUCCAAAAAUGUUGGUAGUAUUUCUUGAUUAAUUUUACA